AUAAAGAUUGGGGAUUAGAUCCUCUAAAUGUUGAAAUUGUCUUUGAAAUCAAACCACAACAAACAACAUGCUUCACCAACCAAGAUGUAGGUGAAAUUAUAUCAUUUGCAGAAAAGGUGUUACACCUACAACCACAACAACAUCUGGUGUAUGGAGUGCUUACAGAUUGCCAUUACAUUCAAAUCUUUGAAGUAAAGAGUGAAAAUCCUGCUAAUGAGCAAUUCAAAUGUAAAUUUACAAGUCGAGAGUCUUUAGCUUAUAAAGGUAAUGAACCACCUUUGGGAUGGAAAUGGUUGGUAACAUUGCUUAGUGAAAGUUCUUACAAUCUUGGAUGGAUGGAGCCUGAACUAAGAUAUGAAAAUGACAGAGUUAAACUGGAAUGCUGUUUAGGUGCAGGACGAACAAGUGUUGUGUUUAGAGGAUCUUAUAAUGGACAACUGGUUGCUGUUAAGGUGCUUAAACAUCCAGAAAAGCAUAAUAAAUAUCUUGAUAUAGAAUAUAAUGUUAUUAAAAACUUGACAAAAGAUAUAAUUUCACCAAACCUUCCUCAUAUAUUGUUCAAAGAUGAGAUUUCCCUG